AGAUCUCCACUCCUCUCCCCCGCCCCGUCUCACGUGGACCGGCGGGCUACCGUCUGAUCCCGGGUCGGUGUUGCCUGCGCGAGCCUCCGGCCGGGGACCACGUGUCUCGCUCCGGCCUGCCAGAGGACCAUGUGGCCGUGCGGCAAGAUGGCGGCGCGGUGGAGGGGGGACGACGCGGAUUUAAAUGCCGAACGCAGCGACUUCCUGGUCGGCAGCACCCGCAACGAGUCGGCCCUGAGUCGAGGUGAUGUCGAAGGCCUGGAGAUGGACUCGCAGUCCUGUACGGAUCACUCCAUCCUGUCCAUUUUCGAUGACGCCACAGUCGCAUCAGAGGGUAAGAGUGGCAUGGAGGAGGAGAGUGAGUCCCUGCUGUCGGCCCUGACUGAGAUGCUGGACAGCGUGGAGGAUGACGACGGGACUCUGUCUCCCUUCGAUGUUCUGCCAGACACCAAGCUCCUCACCCGCGCAGGGUGCAGGGACAACUCAGUGGUAAUAUCACUCACUGGCAGACCUACACCCAGACCCAAAUCAUCAAAUGUUACAUUCGCAAUUAAGCGGGAUGGAGAAAAGGAAGACGAGAACAAAAUUGAGAGAAACGUCCUCCCACAGCUGCUCAUGCAACAAGGUCAAAUAGUGUUUCACCCCAAAUCGAAGAAAGCGGAGAAUGAAGUCGACGUCUUCACGUCGACCUCUCUCGUCAACCUGGUUAGGCUGAUGCAUCCCUACUGUAUGAAGCUGCAUGUGGAGGAGGGGAGCAAAGAGAGGAAGAAGCACACAUUAUUCUCCCAGGAAGAGGUGUGGAAGUACGAGAGGCCCACCGAAGAGAGUGACGAAGAGAUAAAUGUUGUGUCUGACGACGAGGAACCGGCCACAGAGACGAAGGAGAAAGAGGAAGUGGGUGAAAAACGAGACGAUGGGAAACCCCUGAAGAGCGUGUUGCUGAAUGGAAACUCGCCCAGAGCGCCGCCAUCCAGAGGAAAGAAAAGAGUGAGCUUUGGCCCCGUUCAAGUGGCUUCUUUUAAUGAAUCAGAAGAAAAGAGAUUUAAAGAGAAAAAUCCAACAAGUGGGCACACAAGUGAACCUGUGCCAGUUCAACUAAAUGGCACUAAAGCCCUCGGUAACCCUGUUGGGUCAGCACUCGAACCUCAGACAACAACAUCCUCAGAAAUUCACUGUGACAAGUCGGACGUUCUGCCACCGAAAGGUGAGACAAAGGCCAAAUCACUGAGCCUCCAAGAGUACAGACAGCUCCGCCAGAAGAGACAGCCCCAGGUGGAGAAACAGAGGAACAACACGAGCAAGUGGCCCUCUGUUUCUGAACCCCCCAAGGAGUUGCCCCCCAUUCUCUAUUUACAGGAACAAAGACAAAAUAGCUGCAGACCAAAUACAGUGCUCCACUAUCCAGACCAUCUCCAUAAACCCGAGUACAAGACUUCAUCCGACCGUGUCUCUCUACCACUGAGGCCUUCAGAGGCAAAACCACCCACAUGCAGCGGAUUAAAGCGCCGGAGACCUGAAUCCAAAACCAUCUCGCCUGCCAGUCCUCUGCCAGACGCCACAACGAACCCAAACACAAAGGUGUCCGAAAGCAUGAAAAGUCCAGCAAAGAAACCAACAUUGCUCAGCAGCGAUCCCCCAAAUCCUGUCCUCGUCCCCCUGCCAGUUAGCCAAACAGCAUCCCCACCCACUGCCCACUCAUCAUCGGAGUCCACAGUGGAGUUUCCAAGCGUGGACUCCGACCUCCAGAGCACCACGCACUUGCACAAAAUCCAAACUCAGUCCUCAGCAGCAUGUCUUCAGCGACCGCCGUCCUCCUCAGGGCCAAAGCCCCAGGUGUUGUUAGUAAACCAGGAAGGCACCGCCCUGCUUCAGGAAAUGAAUCACAUGGUCACAGAGGUAGUUUCAGACGUUGCCUCUCGAAUUCCAGCACCGAGUCCUGCCACCACACAAACUAAACCUGCCUCAGAGUGCCGCAAACUCCAGCCACAACAAUCUGGAAAACAGAGCCAGGUAAAAGAAACCGAGCUGGAACCAAAGACUCCUCAGGCACCGAGUGCAGAUACCGUGGGCCAAAUAAUGUUUCCUCCGUCUACACCCCACUCUGCUCAGCCGGCGUCUGCCGUAGAUGUUCCCACACCAAAAAAGGAGGCGGUGUUACCAGAGAGUGUUCCAUCGGACUCAGGGAUUGAAGCCCCUGAUCUGACUAGCCUGCUGGAACAGUUUGAGGAAACACAAGCUAAAGAGGAGAGACUUUGUGAGAACGAGACCAACCCUGUUGUUGUCACUCCACCUUCAAACCUUCACGGAUGCAUGAAGCUGGAGAGAAAUCAACCUGUAGGAUCAGAAAAGACCUCCAGAUCACUCCCGACCCCCUCUGUGGAAGCACAUGAGCCUUUAAGCAUUUCAGAAUCACCCAGGAAACCCCUCAGGAAUCUGCCACAUUUCCAAACGUCGGGGCGUGUGGACAUCCCAGAGCCCGUCUGCACUGAAAUCAUCAUCAGCACUCGGCCGGAGCAGCCGUCAAGACGCAAAACUCCUCCAGCUAAAGCCAUUCAGAUCAUUGACCCCCGUCCUCUACCGCCCAGGAAGACUCACACGAGCACUUCAGAGCCCCCCGCUACUCACACCUCUCCUCACAUGUAUUCAUCUAUAUCCUCCGAUCACGAUUACUGUGGCUCUGUGGAUCACUUGCUAACAAGUGCUACUCAGCGUAGCGGAGCGACGCCCUCUUCACUCAAGGAUGAUUCUAAAAGUACUAAUGAAUUAAAAAAAACUACUCUCGACUCAGUUACUGUUACUGAAUGGAAAACACAGACCUCGACUGGACGAACAGAGCAACCAACGCCCACGUCAGAGACCAACCCAUCCACAGAUGGAGCUUUGCAGUUUUCAGACUGUGGUGCAGCCACCGGAGAAGGUGGUUCAGCCCCAUGCACUCUCCCUACACCUCCACCCAGCCCCCCUGACAGAGGGAGGCAGAGGAGCAGAUAUCGUAGACGAUCCCCUCACUCUGACUCCAGCUCCAGCUCAUGUCGCUCCUCCUCCUCAUCAUCUUCCUCUUCCAGCUCAGCAUCUCGCUCUCCAAAAAGACGGAGGCUUCAUCACAGGCGUUCAGAGAGCAGUUCGUGUUCGUCGUCCCCCUGCCGCUCCCUUUCCCGCUCACCCCCUCGGCGCUACAGACUGUCUUACUCCACAUCGAGAUGCAGCAGAUCAAGAUCCAGAUCGUGGUCACGGUCCAGGUCCCCGUCCAGGUCCCCGUCCAGAUCCCGGUCACCAUCCCCACGCAUUUCCCGCAAGCAGUGGAAAGAUGUUUACAGCAGAGAGUCCAGGAGGCUCAGGAGGGAGCACGAGAUGAGGAUACAGAAACUAAAAGCCAUAGAUGAGCGUAGGGUGGUGUACGUCGGCCGCAUCUGCAGGUCGAUGACGCACGAUGAUCUGAGAGAGCGCUUCACUCAGUUUGGAGAUGUGGAGUGUGUGUCGCUUCACUUCAGAGACAGAGGCGACCACUACGGCUUUGUCACCUUCUACAACACGGACGAUGCCUUUGCGGCCAUUGACAACGGCGGCAAAAUAAGGAAGCCUGAUGAGCUGCCGUUUGACAUUUGCUUCGGUGGUAGAAGACAGUUCUGCAAUUCAAACUACGCGGAUCUAGAUGCAAACAGAGACGCAGACCCGUCUCCUGCCAAGGGCCGGUACGAGAACCUGGACUUUGAUUCGUUGCUGCAACAGGCCCAGAGAGGAAUGAAGAGAUAGCAGAGCACCAAGCUGGAUGUGGCAAGGACAAAAAAAAGAAUAUUACAUCGUUUUUUUUCUUCCUUUUUUCAUGAACCUCAGAGCUUUCCUGAGCUCGUACUUAUGUAGCAUAUCUUUAUACGUUAGAGGUUGUUUUUUCCCUCUUUUGACACUUAUAUGCAUGCAGUUUUUAUGUGUGCAGUAAAUAUUAACUAAUAUGUAGCAUUCUAAAUCUGAAAGCAUUUUAUUGAUGGAACAAGUUAAAAAAUAUAUUGCAUUCCAUAACACUGUUAAAAUUUUGUAUUUGUAAAAAAAUAAAUAAAGGCCGUUUUUUGUGUUUCCUGA